AUGAAGACGCUGGUUGUAGGAGUUGGUGGGUAAGUAGGUCGGGGUGUAGCUUGAACUGUGUUGCUGCUGCUGCGAUAACAACCAUGCGAAGAAUUCCUCUCUUGUUUGGUCUGGAUCACUUUGUCCACAAAUGGCCGAAUGGAGAGCCGGCAGCAUUUUUCAUGAACACAUUCAGCCUUUAUUCAACCAAACCAGUCAGUGUCAGCUCCUUCUUCUUCUUCUUCUUCUUCUUUUAGUGUGUUAGAGGGAAAUAAAGAAAGACAAGAUUACAGGUCAAAUAGAUGGGAUCAGCAGGGCUAGAGAAGCCAUCAGAUCAAUACAGCAUGUGACAGCCAUGUGCAAGCAGACAGAUAAGAGUCUUACUCUUGUAGGUUACUUUACUAACACAAAACAUGUCUCUUUAAAUUAACCUCCUAGUCAGAGAGAAAAGUCGAACUAUUAAGCUUUUUGUGUACUGUAAUGCCAUUUCACUAAAUAAAAAAUAUAAUAAUAAAUAACAUAUUGAUGCAAAAGAGCUGGAAAUUACAUCAGUUUGCUUUGCAUCAAUGAUAUGUUAAUCCAGAACAUUAAUAUUUAAAUAUUUGUCAAAUUUGAAUCAAGCGAUACUGAUAAUACACAUCAUGUAAAUGAACUCUUACUUGCAGCAUUUGUUAUUGUGACUUAAUGUAAUUCGAGUAAUAACUUACCAGGCUGAAAACAAUGUUUCACAUCCUUUCUGGUGUGAAAGUGUGUCGGCCACACCCUGCGUCGACUGUUUGGUGUGGUUGGGUUUGCUUCACCGUUGGCUCGGUUGCACCUCUUCCCACACACAACAGUGAUGUCACGGUUAACAGACCAAAGCCUGACUUAUAUUUAUAUUUUUAAAAGUGACAGCAAUAAAUGCCGUACUUAAUUUAGGGAAGUGUAAUAGUCAUAUCAAAACUAAAUAGGUACUGAGUGUGAUGUUUGAAGUCUAAAAGCUGUAUUAUCAUUCUUGAAAAUCAACAAAUAAAUUAAGUCAAAGUUCACAAUUUUUGUGCUUCUAGUCUAGUCUAGUGAUUUUGUAGUUUUAAAGUUCAAAUAAUGAAACCAGCAAAACUAGAAAGUAAAAUGGUACAUGUCAAAAUGUCAGGGUUACUGUGGGCGUUGUUGGAAAGCACACAGCACCAAUAUUUUGGGUCUACAUUGGGAUUCCUUCAGUGCACUGAGCCAAACCAAAUAAUAAUGAUUGCAGUUGUUACUUCUACAGGGUAACCAAAGUUAGUCUUAACAACUUUGAUGCAAAUAAUACGCGUUUGUUUUCCAUUGCAUUGGUGUGGGAGAGGUUCUUAAUGCCAUCUUAACCUAGGAUUUGGUAUCAAAGUUAAUACUGGGGGAGAUAAGAUAAGAUAUGAACAUUUAUAGAUACAGAGCGCACAAAUGACCAACUGCAAGCUUCAAAGCUCAGUCUAAACCAUGUGGGUCAGAUUAGGCCGCAUUACUGACACACCCAGGAGUGCUCUAAUGAGCAAAACCAACAGAGGUCAGCAUAUACAAGAAUUCCAGAUGCUGUUAGAGUAAAACUCUUGAGAGGCUACUGUAAACAGUGAACUUAAGAAGUUUAAUGAUAUUCUUACAGCUUUGAGUUGAUUUUUCAAUGUCACAAAUUAUUUGAUUUCAGGAUGACCAAUGGAGGAAAAACUACCCUUUCCAUGAGUCUGCACCAGCAGAUUCCCAAUAGCUGCAUCAUUGCGCAGGACUCUUAUUUUAAGGUAGACUCUGCAGCUUUUUUUAUAUCGUACCACUGCUGUCAUGCUGUUACUCUGGAUAUCUGAGAGCUUGGAGUGAUCCCAGCGAAUGCUUUUUUUUUACAGGAUGACUCUGUGGUGCCAAUGGACAGCCAUGGCUUUAAACAGUAUGACAGUAAGAGCACUCGAUUUAUCUCAUCACAAAUGUUUAUAUUUCAUAGAUGAAAAAUUAACUUCUUUUUUAAACUAAAUGUAAAGCUAUUACAGUUGAAUAAAUUAUCCUUAGAAGUAGCAAAACAUGAAAAUGACAGUGUAAAGUGAAUCUUUCUCUCUGUAUUUUGUAACAGUGCUAGAUGCUCUUCAUAUGGACACGAUGAUGAAUGACGUCGACUCCUGGAGAAGAGAUCCUGAGGCGUUCCUACGGCAGUGCGGCCUGUUGUCCGAGCAAACAACCCCGGUCGAGGAUGAGGAUGUGUUUGUGCUGAUAGUGGAGGGCUUCCUUAUUUUUAACCACAGGUAGACGCCCAGUGAAGUUCCUGUGUUAAUUUAUUUAAAUGACCAUUAAAAACUUAAACUCAUGUCUAACCCUUUCCCUUUGUGAUGAUGAUCUACUAAUCACAAGACUUCUAUCCUAAAAAAACUGCAUGGAAAAAAUGCACUAACUCUCUGUUUCCCCCUCUUUAGGCCUCUGAAUGACUUAUUUGACAUAAGGUACCUCAUGGAGAUACCGUAUGAGAUCUGCAAGAAGAGACGAAGGUGUUAGACUCUAUCAUCUCUUGUUUUGUUUUACCUGCAAAAAUGUUGUUUCUAUAUUUGCCCGCUCUUGUGUUGACUUCUGUCUCUGUUAUUGUUUGACAGUUCGAGGGUAUACAGACCUCCCGAUCCUCCUGGAUACUUUGACGGACACGUGUGGCCAAUGUACCUGAAGAACCGACGAGAGAUGGAGAAUAUGGUCUCUGAAAUCGGUGAGCGUCCAAACAAAGGUGAUGAAUGUGAUAAUAAUGGAUUGAACAUAUUCAAAUAUUCAUAUUUAAAUUCAUUCAAACAAUACUGGAAAGGGGAAAAUGACACUAAUGUGUUGAGUUGGUGUUUUUUAGUAAUUUUAGAUGGACUGAGGCCAAAGGAAGAGCUGCUGGCUGUUGUGUGUAAGGAUGUUUAUCAGGAAAUAAAAAGGCUGAUGGGUGAGUUUUGAUGUAAAAUAAACUUGAAAAGUGUUAAAACAAAUAUCCUACCUCCUAAAGAUUUGAUCCAUUGUAGAUUAUAUUUUUGUGGUUGUCCAGACAUGCUGCAGUAGUUUUGGUACACUGCUUCAUUGCACAAUAGUGUACAUUCUUAGCACGCACACAAGUAAUGUGUUUGUCAGCAUGCAUAUUGAUGUGAGCAUAAAAAAGACUCAAACAGGCGGAACCCUAAGAAGUUACAUAAAAACAUGUAAAUUGUCAAUGGCACUGAUGUGAAAUGAAACCAUGCAGGCAGAUAAACAGUUAAUGGCAUCAAAGUUACAAGACAGAUUUGACAAAUCUCAACCUAAUCUGUGCGUCUUUUGAAAGAUAUUUAAAUCAUCCUUUAUGACUAAUAGCUAUUAGCACACUGUUAAGUUUACAUGACUGAUAUAUGCACCGCUUUAGAAGGAAAAAUUAACAAAUUUCAUGUAUUUUUGUUUGCAGAGAAGAACUAA